CCUCACUUUGGAUCAAUUUCCUGUCGUCAAAAAGACCCAUCAUCCAAUCCGAGUGGGACUUUUUCUCGACCGCGAGACGGAGCUUGGGAGCUCCACGGAUUUCAAGUAAUGCCCGAGACGACUACAACGACCUCAUGCUUGCGCAGUCUUCCCUUUUGCCCGUUGGACAGGUAAAGCCCCGCGUCACCAGUACUUUCUACACAAUCAACCUGCGACAUCAACAUCAACAACAAUCCUUGACCUCAAUGUCCUAAAUCCUCCAGGCUCUAGCGAUGAGCGAAGACUCGAGCUUCUCGAUGCGUUGCUCGGCCGGCCACUCGUUGCAAGAUCCGUCCACUCGCUCAUGAUGCCCUUGUGCCUUCUCCAGGACACGGAUGUCCUAACUAUGCGCUCGACAACGCCACUAUUACUCGCAAAGACUGGCCCUAGUCUCGUAGUGCCUAUCGCGGCAGCCCCUCUUAUAUCGCUCCCAGAGCUUCCGCAGGAUGUCUUUCUGUUGAUCUUACAAGAUCUGGCCGCGUGGGAUGUACUCAACUGUCAACGCGUCUCAGUCUCAUGGCGGAGGGUGUUUACGAAGCCUGAGUAUCUUCGACUGGUCCUUCAACGGUAUUCCUACGCCCGAGAAGUCAGGGGUUUAACCCCGGAGGCAUUACACUUUCACGGCUGCCAAAGCGACAAGACCGACUGGAAGCGUGUUUUCGAUCUGGUCGCGACACGAUAUGACAACCUCUCCUUGGGAAGCGCGGCGAAGGCCGUCAAAUAUCCCAUGGCCCCUUUGGAGCAGCUAGGGGAUUGGUUCCCUGUUGGUCAGUGGGAUUACCAUGAGAGCCAGCCCGGUGGUCGCCUAUACUACGAGACGGCCGCGAUCCAUCUGAGUAGAGUGGGGGCCAAACCGUAUCUAUUUCGACCAACACUGUGGACCUACGACGAUGGUGUGCUAGUGUAUGCCCCAGCCCAGGACAUCGAGGAUGACGGCUUUCCUCACAUCCUCUCCCUUCUUGACGUAGCCACUGGAGAUCGAUAUCCCGUUCCCUUUGAUAUCCGAGGCAAGAUCAUCCGAAACAUACGACUCAAGGAUUCGACGCUCAUCGUCGAGUGGGCGGAGAAAGACCCUUUUCACAAUCUCAAUGCCAUGGAACAAGUCAAUCGUCACUUUGCCAAUUGCUUCGAUGUGCAGAAACGCGACGGCGAAUGGCAGAUCACGUGGCGCUCAGAAUGGAAGAUGCAUUUCCUCGGCUUACCACCCAACUACCACGAUCGAUUCUUCUCAACACACAACUCACAACACUACGCCGUCUAUUUCUGGCAGCCGAAUCGAAGCAUGUACACCGGUGAUGAGGAGAUGCCAAUCGAAUCACUCUCGGUGUGGGACAUAUCGACCCCAUCACCCUACCAACCAUCAACCGACCCAGCAGGCAAAUUCCGACCACCUGAAAAAGCCGGACCGUACAUCGUGUCGCGGUUCUCCUUCACAGACAUGGAAUUCAUCGGAAUCCGGCAACACGCCAGCGUGGCCCUCAUGUCAUUACAUCUAGACUCACCAUCACAGACAUUGACAGUACGGGAAAACGCCGGUGUGUCCGGUCAAGGGUACUUCGACCCCGCAGAACGGUUAUGGUGUGCGAAAACGACGAGUUUUCCUUUUUCUGCCAAUGGACCCGUGCUGGUGCGCGAAUGGGACGGCAAUCUACCGCCAUAUCGUGGCCACUGUACGAUGGAGAGCGAACAGGUCGAGGAGAGCGACAAGUGGUUCCUACCCAUCAUGGACGUUGUCGACUCUGAAGCACGCGUCCGUCUCAGCCUGGUCGAAACUUGUUUCACCGGUCAAAGUCUCGAUAAUCGCAUCGUUGCCCGAAUCAAGGCCGACGCUAUUGGCGAUUGGGUCACCCUGGCUGACGUCUGGACCCGUCAGAUUGGCGUCAUGGGUCGCAUUGCCGGCGACGAGAGAUGGAUUAUCGGUCAGAAUGAACGUUUGGAGAUUGUGGUCGUCAAGUUCUGAUCGAUCUGGUCAAAAUCGAAUCGAGGCUUGAGCCACAAAUCUAGUCAGACGUGGAUAGUCUCGGCAACACUCGCAGACAACAAUGCGUCUGGGAAGUGUAGACCAAGGACAGGCAGGACACACGACGAUUUUGCAGUGACAAUGCAAUGACGAUACGAGGACAUGAAAAAGAUUCAACCAAGAUCUCACGCAGACAGACAUUGAACCACGCAUCGACCGGGGAUGGUCCGAUAGCUUUUUGAAUUUUGCAUAGACUUUACAACAUGAUAAUUUUUUCCAAAGUCAAAGUCAUA